GUUGCGGACAGAGAGAGAUUGCAGAGAGGGAGAGUGCGUUUCUCCAUCUUCUCCUCUUUUUAAAAAUCCGACCGUUGAGCCUGUAAGUGGCGUACAGGGAAGUGACUCCUCACCCCCAUCGCCCUGCAGUUUUUUGGUAGAUUUAAGUUACUUACAGGUGAAUUUUCUCCCCCAAACACCACCUGCAGAUGGAAGGUGGUACUGUUCUUCGAUCUUCUUCCACUCUCACCAGACCUUCAAAUUUCGCCGCAAAAUCCACCGUUUUCGCUACUCAGCGGCACGAUUUCGUCUCCUUCCGUACGAAAUCCAGUCCAUCGACGAACGGAUGGAUUAAGACUCCAGCAGCAGUAGCUUCAGCUCCCCACCGGCUCACUGGAUUCCUUACUUCCGCAGGUUUUGGUAGAGGAGUUGUGUCGGCGUCGCUGACUGCGGCGAGCGGGGUAAACAGUGUUAGAGUUUCGGUUAGGGAUGGGAAGAAGGAGAAUCCGAUCAUUGUUAUUGACAAUUACGACAGUUUCACUUACAAUCUGUGUCAGUAUAUGGGAGAGCUUGGUGCUAACUUUGAGGUCUAUCGGAAUGACGAGCUCACAGUUGAGGAAAUGAAAAUGAAAAAUCCAAGAGGCAUUCUUAUUUCCCCAGGACCUGGUACACCUCAAGAUUCAGGGAUAUCAUUGCAAACAGUUUUGGAACUUGGCCCUACUAUACCUUUAUUUGGAGUAUGCAUGGGCUUACAGUGCAUUGGGGAGGCUUUUGGAGGACGAAUUGUGCGCUCUCCAUAUGGUGUCGUGCAUGGAAAAUGUUCUCAAGUGUUUUAUGACGAAAAGGGUGAAGAUGGUUUGUUUUCAGGUCUAUCAAACCCUUUCACCGCUGGUAGAUAUCACAGCCUUGUGAUUGAAAAUGAUAGUUUUCCUAAUGAGGCACUUGAGAUUACAGCAUGGACAGAAGAUGGGUUGGUAAUGGCUGCUCGUCACAGAAAAUACAAGCAUAUCCAGGGGGUCCAGUUCCAUCCAGAAAGCAUUAUAACCACCGAAGGCAAAGAGGUAGUCCGCAAUUUUCUCAAACUAAUCGAUCGAAUGGAGGCUGGAUACAUAUUUGUCCAGCCAUAGGUUUUGAUUUUUAUAGUUGGAAAUGAAAGAAGAAGAAAAUCCAUAAGCAAUUUGUUGUGCUGUCUUUCAAAUUAUAUGCCUAUAGAUUGAUUUUCGCCAUUUACAACUUUCAGAUAUCAUGUGAGGUAAGUUGAUGUUAGUAUUAUUAUUAUUAUUAUUAUUCUAUCAUUUAAUUCAUCA